AUGGCUUCGGAACACAAAGAAUUCCUUGCAGUGUGCACGAAGCUCAAGCUCGAGACGCUCGAGCUGCUGCGUACGAAGCACCAGCUGCCCCAAGGGGCUCUGGAUUGGGUGAAUGAAGUCGUGGACUAUAAUUGCAGCGGCGGAAAGCUCAAUCGCGGGAUCAGUGUCGUCCACUGCACACAGGUCAUGGCUCCAGGCAAAGUCCUUACGCCAGAGCUGAAGGAGAAAGCCAGUAUUCUGGGCUGGUGUAUCGAAUGGCUCCAAGCAUUUUUCCUGGUAGCUGAUGAUAUCAUGGACGACUCCAUCACACGUCGUGGACGUCCGUGCUGGUUCCGCAACCCUCAUGUUAAGAUGAUCGCCAUCAAUGAUGCGUUCCUGCUCGAGGCCUUUGUCUUCCAGAUCCUCAAGAAGCAUUUCCGCUCUGAGCCAUUUUAUCUGGAUUUGGUAGAGACUUUCCACGAUGUGAUCUUUCAUACAGAGAUCGGCCAGCUGCUGGACUUGACGUCACAGCCUUUGGACAAAGAGGUUGAUCUCGAUCGAUUCACAGUCGAGCGGUACCGUCAGAUUGUGAUCAACAAAACGGCGUAUUAUACGUUUUACCUCUCUGCUGCGUGUGCCAUGUUCCUCAACGGAGUCGUUGACGAAGCCUCGCACGAUUUGGCAAAGAACAUCUGCGCGCAGAUCGGCGAGUAUUUCCAGGUCCAGGACGACUUCCUGGACUGUUACGGUGAUGAGAAGGUAAUUGGCAAAGUGGGCACGGAUAUCCAGGACAACAAGUGCAGUUGGCUGGUCGUCCAGGCGCUUGAUCGUGCGACACCCGAACAAAGAAAUGUGCUGAAGGAAAACUACGGCCGCAGCGAUCCUGAUGCCAUUGCGGUCGUGAAGAAGCUGUAUAACGAGCUCGACCUCGCUGCGGUCUACCACCGCUACGAGGAUGAUACGUAUAAGGCGCUGUCCCAGGAGAUCGCACAAGUGACCAUGAUGCCAUCCGAGGUGUUCAGCUUGCUGGUUGGUAGAAUCUUCAAACGCACCAAGUAA